AUGGGCCAGCUCAUGGAGAAGGGCAUCCUCACGAAGGAAGAUUUUCAAUGGGGAGUUAUACACCUUCUUGGACAGCUGGAGGAUCUGACUCUGGAUUGCCCUGAUGUUGCCAAAAUAGCAGCCGAACAUCUUCGCAGCCUUCUUUCUAAGGACCUUGUGACAACCAAUUUUGUGCUCCGGUGCAAGAUGCUGAACAUCGGCGGGGAAGCUGGACUAAAGGUCCUAGGCGACGCCUUAGAGCCUGCUUCAGCUGCUCCAGUGAAUCUCAGCAAGGUGGCGAAAGCCAUUGAAGCAAGACAUCAGGAUACAGACAAGGAUUCUCAGGAACAGUCCAAAGAUGUAAAGCCUGAAGAGUCCAAGGAAUCGGAAUCUCCUUCGAAGGAGGUGAAGCAGAAUGGUGAUUCUAAGGAGUCCAAAGAAGAUGGAGACUCAAAGGAUCCUGGUGAUGCAAAGGCGGGCGUCAACGGCGUGAAAGCCGGUGGCCGACUGUCGCGCGGCAUCUCGCUUCGACCCGGCGGUGGUCUCAGGCCGGGCGGAGGCCUCACUGGAGGCCUCUCUGGAAACGGCCUCUCCCUGCGGCCAGGCGGUGGAGGAGUGGCUCUGACGGCUCCGGUGCGAGAGUCCGCAACCACAACCUCGGGGAAUUCAGGCUAUCCAAAGGAGGCACCUGUGAAGAAGACCCCACCAGCGCCAGUCCAGAAGGACGAUUGGCGUCAAGAUGCUGCUGAACAUCAGAACGCCAAGCAGAAGAUGCAGAAGGGAGACAAAGGUGGAAAGAAUUCGCAAGCUGGCAAGCGGCCUGGCCGUGAUGGGAGAGGGCGCUUGGACGAGGACGACGAGGACCUCCAACUCCAAGUCUCCGAGAACAGCUGGGCUGCACAACAAGCUAAGCGGCACGAGCACAUACGUGGUACCAACGAGGUGUCAGCCGAAGAGGAGGACGACAAGGAAAUCGCUCGGCGAAUGAAGAGCAUUCUGAACAAGCUGACUCUUGAAAAGUUUGAUGAUCUCACUAGGCAGCUCUGCGAGUGUGGCAUCUCGAAAGAGGCACACCUCAAGAUCUUGAUGACCGAGGUCUUCGAGAAGGCUACCACCCAGCACCAUUUUAUUGAGAUGUACACCAACCUCUGCGUGCACUUCAACGACUGGUGCUCUGAACACCUGAAGGUCGGAAAGUUCAAACCGGUCCUCCUUCAACAGUGCCAGGAAUCCUUUGAAGCCAAUCUGAAAGAUCCGCCAAAGGAGAUGUCUCCGAAGAAAAAGGCAGCAGCCAGCCGUGAAGAAUUGGAAGAGUACGAAGAAAAGAGACAGAGAUAUCGAUUGCGGGUGAUGGGCAACAUUCGGUUCGUAGGCCAACUGCUGGUGCAGAGGAUGCUUGCAUCAAAGUUCCUUAUCCCUUGCGCACAGGAGCUCCUCAGUGAGUACUCGCCUGGGUCUACCAGCUCGUUGGAAGCCUUGGCUGGCUUAGACUGCUUUGACUGCUGUGUGCAUGCCAUGGUUCGCUUGUGGCUGGUGCUGGCAUCAGCCAGAGCUACACUGCUGGCAGAUGAUGAGUGUGCCAGUGACAGUUGCGCUCUGCACGCUUUGCAGACGCGAACACUGAGAAAGCUCGAGCCUGUGAGUGAUGACGUGCUGUUCGGCCACGAAGCUGAUGUGGAUGCAGCCCCUGUGGUGAGUGAAUGGCUGGCGCCAGCGCUGGGUGCUUCGGAGAGCUUGGACGACACACUGUUGGGAGCAUCUCCGGAAGUCUCCUAUUUGCCACCAAGUUCGCCCACGAGCGAUUUGAGAGUUCUCAAGAAAGAAAACAGCCUUUCUCCUCCAAGCAAAGCCACCCAGUACAACGGGGUGGCAUGGCCUGAGAUGGUGUUUCCGGGCACAGGCGAGAUGCACGUUUUUACCAUUGGUGAUUGGGGUGGUUUGCUUUGGGAGCAAUAUGGAGAUGGCACGGGUUUACACGUGUUCCCCUUCAUCAGGCCUUCCUGCAACAUCAAUGAUAUGAAGCAGUGCUUCAAUGAGACCGGUGACUCAACUGCACCUUGCAACGAGGCCUGUGGCUAUGUGGCUGGGGUGGACAACAAUGCUCAAGUGGUGGUCGCUGAGCAGAUGAAGAAGCGUGCCGCAAAGACAGGUGUGCAGUACUUCCUGAACGUGGGGGACAAUUUCUAUCCACAGGGGAUGAAUACGGGCUGUGGCAGCGCCAUGAGCCAAAUCAAAGAAGCGACCAAAGUCCAAUUCACAAAGGCCUUUGACUGGGUUUAUUCUGGGCCGUUGAGCGGGAAAGUUUGGUUGUCCGUGCUGGGGAAUCACGACUAUGGUGCUCGUCAAUUUGACUAUGCCUGGGACCAGCAAGUGGCCUUCACCUGGGCAAGUGACAGGUGGGUCAUGCCUGCGCUCUACUUUAGCCAGCAUGUUCGAUACCCUGAUUUGGGUUUCGAUGUGGAUAUUUUCAUGCUGGACUCCAAUGUCAUGGAUGCUCAUGGCCUCGAUGAACGCCCUGGCUCCAACCUGUGUCAUCGAAAGUACAACGUGCAGGCAGACUGCUCAGCCACCGGUGGACCAGCAUCUGUGGAGCAGUGUGCACAAUGGUUCUCGGAUCUUUGGAACAGGCAAGCGAGUUGGAUGGAGGAGAAGUUGAACACUUCCACGGCUGAUUGGCAGAUUGCCGUCACCCACUUUCCUUGCGGUCACAAGCUGCCGUGGUAUUCGAUGCUCCGCUCCAUGGGCCUUGACUUGCUGGUGACGGGACACAUCCAUGAGCAGCAACUUCAAUUUCUGCCGGGUCAACUGACCUGCCUCGUAACUGGCGGAGGUGGCGGAAUUACCUCCGAAAGGAGCCCGCAGGGUGAUGAUAGCCGAGAGUAUGGAUUCUUUGACUUGACCCUCUCAAAGUCUGCCAUCAAGCUGGACUUGGUGAACCACUUGGGGAAUGUGGUGCUGAGCCACUCCAUCCCACCCUUUUCUGGACAUGUAGGAGCUCCUGAAGUCCCUCCAGUUGCAGAGAAGCCCCAAGUGCCGAUUGAGAAAACUGAGAAGAGCCAAAGUGGUCAAAGUAGCACGGUCGGCGCUGCAUGUAGCAGCAAUCCAAAAUGUGCUGGCUUGGAUGGCGAUUGCUGCCCAACAGCUGGAGGAGCCAUGUUGGGAUGUUGUGAAAGCGCAUAA